AUGCGCCAGAGCUGCUGGCUAGGUGGACCAAGAAGAAGGAGCAGCCAGGGCCCCCUGGAGCUUAGAAUGGAGCUGGGGGCCAUGGAUGACCUGGAGUUACUCAACUCGCUGGCCGUGGACCCAGAUGCCGACUGCAAGUAUGGCCUCUAUUUUCGUGAUGGCAAGAGGAAAGUGGAUUACAUCCUGGUCUACAAUUACAAGAGGACGCCGGGCCAUAAGAUCCUGGCGCGGAGGGUCCUCCUUGGCGACGGCCCACCUGGGGCUCAGGGGAACAAGCAGGAGCAGCAUCCCCUGCCCGGCAAGGAUGGGCCCUUGGACACGGGCGAGAUGGACCACCAAGGGGACCACCACGAAGACGAGAAGCGAUUCCGCCGCGAAGAGUACGAAGGCAACCUCUUGGAGGCUGGGCUCGAGCUGGAGAGAGAUGAGGACACGAAAAUACACGGACUUGGAUUUGUGAAGAUUCACGCACCAUGGAACGUUCUGUGCCGAGAGGCAGAAUUCCUGAAACUCAAAAUGCCCACCAAGAAGAUGUACCAGAUUAACCAGAGCCGGGGCCUCAUCAACAAAAUCAACUCGGUCCUCCAGAAGAUAACGGAGCCCAUCCAGCCCCGAGUGGGCGACCACGGAUCCCAGACCGUGAAGAGACUCUCCUUUGCCUUCUCCAGGGAAAAGCAGCACCUGUUUGACCUGACUGAUAAGGAUUCCUUUUUCGACAGCAAAACUCGGAGCACCAUAGUCUAUGAGAUCUUGAAGAGGACGACGUGUGCCAAGGCCAGCACGGGGCAAGGAGAGGGAAGAAAGAAGGAUUCUGCCCUUUUAAAUAAAAGGAGAAAAUGUGGUCAAUACGGGAUCACCAGCCUUCUCGCCAACGGAGUGUAUAGCGCAGCCUACCCGCUGCACGAUGGCGACUUCGAAGGAGACGUCGAGUUCAAUGACCGAAAACUCCUGUGCGAGGAGUGGGCCACCUACGGGGCCUUCUACAAGUACCAGCCCAUCGACCUGGUCAGGAAGUAUUUCGGAGAGAAGGUUGGCCUCUACUUUGCCUGGCUGGGCGUGUACACGCAAAUGCUCAUUCCGGCCUCCAUCGUGGGCAUCAUCGUGUUUCUCUACGGAUGUCUCACUGUUGAUGAAAACAUACCCAGCAUGGAGAUGUGCGACCAGCAUAACAACAUCACCAUGUGUCCCCUCUGCGACCAGACGUGCAGCUACUGGAAACUGAGCUCUGCUUGUGCCACUGCUCGGGCCAGCCACUUCUUUGAUAACCCGGCCACCGUCUUCUUCUCCGUGUUCAUGGCCUUGUGGGCUGCCAUGUUUAUGGAACACUGGAAGAGAAAGCAGAUGCGGCUCAACUAUAUCUGGGACCUGACGGGGUUCGAGGAGGAGGAGGAGACCGUCAAGGCUCAUCCGAGGGCGGAGUACGAGGCCAAAGUUCUGGAGAAAUCCCUUCGGAAGGACUCCCGCCACAAGGAGGUGGACAAGGAGAAGCUGACGUGGAAGGACCGGCUGCCGGCCUACCUCACCAACCUCGUGAGCAUCCUCUUCAUGAUCGGCCUGACCUUCGCCAUCGUCUUCGGCGUCAUCAUCUACAGGAUCUCCACGGCGGCCGCCCUGGCCAUCAGCUCGCGCUCCAACGUGCGGGUCACCGUCACGGCCACGGCCGUCAUCAUCAACCUGGUGGUGAUCAUCAUCCUGGACGAGCUGUACGGCUCCGUCGCCCGCUGGCUCACCCAGAUCGAGGUGCCCAAGACGGACAAGAACUUCGAGGACCGCCUGAUCUUCAAGGCCUUCCUGCUGAAGUUCGUGAACGCCUACACCCCCAUCUUCUACGUGGCCUUCUUCAAGGGCCGGUUCGUGGGACGCCCGGGCGACUACGUCUACAUCUUCCACUCCUUCCGCAUGGAAGAGGUAACGGGGGCUCCCCCAGCUCGGGCCCUGCUUCCCCCCCAGACGCGGAGGCCCGCCCGGAGGCUCUCCUUCCACAAGAGGCGUCUCCCCAGACGCUUUCCGGUCCCCGGAGGGGUGCGUCCAGCCGGGCUCUCUACCCAGUCCGGCCCCACCCACGAUGGCCCCCCUGACUUAAAGUCAAAAGAUGGGCAUCAGCCCAGGGACAGCGAGAGGAGCCUGGCGGGCAGCCGGCCUCGGGCUCCCCAAGGGGAUUCCCUCCUUCCCGCCUGCCUGCCCUCGUCUGAGCCCAUCCAAACAGCCUUUGGGAAAAGUCAGAGCCAGCCGGUGUGCCGGAAAGCUGGUGCCAGCCGCGGGCGAGUCCCCGCAGUCUGGGCUGAGCCCGUCAUCCAGUUUGGAUUUGUCACCCUGUUCGUCGCCUCCUUCCCGCUGGCGCCCCUCUUUGCCCUGCUGAACAACAUCAUAGAAAUCCGUCUGGAUGCCAAGAAGUUCGUCACGGAGCUCCGGAGGCCGGUGGCCGUCCGGGCAAAGGACAUAGGCAUCUGGUACAAUAUUCUCCGGGGCAUCGGGAAGCUGGCAGUCAUCAUUAACGCCUUCGUGAUCUCCUUCACCUCCGACUUCAUCCCGCGUCUCGUGUACCUCUAUAUGUACAGCUCCAAUGGCACCAUGCACGGCUUUGUGAACCACACGCUCUCCUCCUUCAACGUCAGUGACUUCCAGCCGGGGACGGCUCCCAACGACCCCCAGGACGUGGGCUACGAGGUGCAGAUUUGCAGGUACAAAGACUACCGAGAGCCCCCCUGGUCAGAGAACAAGUACGAGAUCUCCAAGGACUUCUGGGCCGUCCUGGCCGCCCGCCUGGCCUUCGUGAUCGUCUUCCAGAACCUGGUCAUGUUCAUGAGCGACUUCGUCGACUGGAUCAUCCCUGACAUUCCCAAAGACAUCAGCCAGCAGAUUCACAAGGAGAAGGUGCUCCUGGUGGACCUCUUCAUGAAGGAGGAGCAGGGAAAACAGCAGAUGCUGGAGACCCUGAAGGAGAAAGAUAGCCUGCAGAGCGACAGCUGCAACAACCACAGCCCGCCAUUCCCCAGGAUGCAGCAAGGCACCACGGCCUCCGGACGCUCCUAUCACGUCGCCAUUUAGCAGGAGGAAGCGCCAGGCUUGCAGUGCCCUUCCUCGGCCAUGCCAGUGAGCGCCACUCUGCCUGUGACCCAGUCUCUCAUCCGUGG